GACUGUUUACCUCCUGCCACCAUGCUUCUGCAAGAGUUAGUCGACAUGAUAGUCGACUACCUGCACGCAUCGCCCUCUGCGCUUAAAGCAUGCUCACUUGUCUCUCGAGCCUUCUACCACCGAACACGUGUCCAUUUCUUCCGCUGUGCCGAUUGAGACAACCCUGACAGUCCCCGGUCUAUGCGCCUCUUUACAAUGGUGCACAGGUCUCCUAAUCUGCUCCAGUAUAUCAAGCGAGCCGAAUUUGGUGCCUCGACUUUUUCUUAGUCGAGUAUGAGAGUUUCACCGUCAAGCUCAUGCGCUCCCUCUCAUCCUCUGUGACACUAUCCCUCUGGGACGAAGGCUGUCUGAAUGACAAUUCGGACCAAGUAUGCUAAUGGGCCAAGGUUUUACCUACGUUCUGGUACUCGGCUCCAUACCUUGCCAUCACCAGACUCGAGAUCUGCGUCCCCAAUGGCACGGAUUCCUACAGUUCCACAUCAUUGUUCUCUGCCUUCCCAAUGUGACGGGCUUGUACAUACAGGCCUUGUGCAUUUCUGGCACGGACGAUGCCCCUAUCCUCCCGACCAUGUCCCCCUCUCGUAUCAAGAAGAUGCAUAUCGACGCCUACUGCUCCAUGAUCUCCCCAUUCUGGGAUGGCUUGUGUUCUCCCGAAUACCGGUCGGUGUACCUCGAUCACCUGGAAGAAUUACAUGUUUUAUGCCCUUCUCCCUAUGAACUUUCUUCGGUCAACAACAUUGUCAAAUUCGCCUCCAAGAGUCUGAAGGUCCUGCAGAUCGAAUGUCAACAAUGUGAUUCCCCUAUGUUUCAUUUGCCCUUUACUCGUUACACAGUCAAGGACUGGGUUCUCCCGCCUGAUAUCCCCCGUCUUGAGUUGAACGCCAUCACUGACCUGUGGCUUGGCAGAGAAUCUUCGAGGAGCUAAGUGACCUCUCAAGGCUAGUUCAGAACAUGGAUUAUGUAUUUCAGUGAUAUAAAGGUCCUUUUAGAGAUGCCAUUGUGGACUCAUGUGCGGUGCUGAAAGAGAAGGUGAACUCGAGAGUUUUUGAUAGUGGAGAAUGCUUUUGAGGUGCCUGUGUUCCCCUUACCCAGCUAGCAGUAGAAUUACAUGUUUUGCAUCUCCUCGCUCUGCUCCUCGCCAUUGGGCUCCUCAUCAUCAUCGCCAGCAUCCAUGUCUGCCGGGUCGACGUCCAUUGCAUGGGUGGGUACCGCGUCCGCCUCGUAGCCACUACAGGGCGCGAUGUCGCUCCACUCCUCUGUCGUCACCAUCCGUGUCGCUUGGGCCAGUGUCAUCAUCGGACGACACCAUAGUGGCAUUCGCCAUGCCGACUGAGG